AUGCCGGAGCCACCGGAGGCGGGGGCAACCCCUUGCCAGGAGCCGGAGCAGCAGCGCAUUGGAGUCUUCCUGCGCUUGAGGCCCGUGCCCCGACCCAGUGGCAGGGUGGUGGCCAGCCCCGAGGAGGGCUGGGUGGAAUUCAACGUGCCCCGAGACGCCAGCCAGGGGCUGAUCAACAACUCGCGCGAGAGCUACCGCUUUCCGUUUGACGGCCUGUUGCCGGCCGAGGCGCGCCAGGAUGAGGUGUUUGAGCGGGUGGCCGCGCCGGUGCUGCUCUCUGCGCUGGACGGCUACAACGGCACUGUCUUUGCCUUUGGCCAGACAGGCUCCGGAAAGACCUUCACCAUCUGUGGUGGCACUGAGCGGUACGCCGACCGCGGCCUCAUCCCGCGAGCCAUCUCUGCCCUCUUUGCCGAGGCCGCCCGCCGCACCGACCACACCUACGUGCUGCACAUCAGCUACAUGGAGGUCUACUGCGAGACGGGGUUUGACCUGCUGGAGCCCAACCGUGAGGUCAAAGCGCUGGAGGACCUGCCAAAGCUCUUCCUGGGUGACACCAACCGCGUGGUGGCGGAGACGCCCCUCAACCAGGCCUCCUCCCGCUCCCACUGCAUCUUCACGCUGCACAUCGAGGCGCGGCGGGUGGGCGAGUCGGUGGUGCGGCGCAGCAAGCUCCACUUUGUGGACCUGGCAGGCAGCGAGCGGGUGGUGAAAACGGGGCUCUCCGCCCACGCCCAGCUCAAGGAGGCCAAGUACAUCAACCUGUCGCUGCACUUCCUGGAGCAGGUCAUCAUCUCGCUCCAGGAGGGGCGGGCCCACGUUCCGUACCGCAACAGCAUGCUGACGCAGGUGCUGCGAGACUCGCUGGGCGGCAACACGCGCACGGUGAUGGUGGCGGCCGUAGCGCCGGAAGCGGCGCACAUCGAGGAGAGCAUCAGCACAUGCCGCUUCGCGCAGCGCGUGGCCAUGAUCACAAACAGGGUGGAGGUGAACGAGGAGCUCGAUCUGGAGCUGUUGGUGCGGCGGUUGAAGCAGGAGAAUGCCCUGCUACGCCAGGAGCUGCAGCUGCUGCGCUCGGGGGGCACCGUUGUGCCUGGCAGCGACAGCACUGGUGGCGCGGGCGAAGCGUCUGCAGCAGCAGGCAGCGGCCCUGAGCAGCAGCAGGCGCUGAGCGAGGCGGAGCAUCAAGUGCUGAGGCGGCAGGUGCAGGCAUAUGUCGAGGAUACCGCCCCCGAUGCCAGCCUGGAUGUGCAAGCCAGCAUGCUCUUCAUCCAUGCUGCCUUUGGCCUGCUGAAGGGCAUGGUUCGGGGCGGGCCUGCCUGGGGGCAUCAGCCUGCGGCGUUAAGUGGCAGCAGCAGCAGCAACAGUGGGCCUGAGGCGGCAGCUGCCGAAGUGCGCAGCCUGCGACAGUUGGUGCAGGAUCAGGAGCAGCAGAUUGGCGUUCUGGCAGGGGUGCUGCGCAAGCAGGGCCUGUCACCCGACAUGCUGCAGCAGGCAGACAACCAUCCCUCCAGCAGCAGCUCAAGUCCACACCAUGCCACCACUUCUGCCACUGGGCAUGGUGCCACCUCCGCACUCGCGUUCUCAGAAGAGCUGCUGGAAGACCAGCACAAAGCGUUUGAGUACUUCUGCACCACCAGCCCAGCACACGACGCGGUGGCGGAGCACAAGGCUGUGCUGCGGGGCAAGUACGAGGAGGCGCGGGCGCUGGGCGCCCGCGUGGCCGCCAGCAAGCAGCGCAUCGGGGAGCUCAAGGCGGCGGUGGAGCGGCGACGGCUGGCGCGCUCCAUGGCGGCGCUGCUGCGGCAGCAGGCAGGCGGCGGCAAUGGUGGCGGAGAGCAAGUGGAGGAGGGGGAGCUGCAGGAUGCUGAAGAGGAGAGCGCCAAGGGGCUGAUUGAGAAGGCACGGCCCCUGGCGGGAGCUGCUGCUUGCGCCUCUGCGGAGAAGGCGGCGCACCGCGAGGCGUACGGCUCGCUGAGGGGUGUCAAAGCAGAGGUGGACGGCGUGCAGGCAAUGCUGGAGCAGGCCCGUGUGCGGCUGCAGCGCGACUUCCAGGCUUGGUAUGCCACCAUGGCCCGCAGCGGCGGCAGCGGCAGCAGCGAUGGAGUGCCAAAGCACGGCAUGGAGCACGCAGCGGCGGCACCUGCGGGCGAGCAGCAAGUGCUGGUGGCUGAGGCGGCGCCACCCGACCCAUUUGCCGGGGUGGAGGCUGAGGUGCUGUCUGCCGCGCGUCCGCUGCUGACGGGCAACAGCCAGGCCGACGCCGACAUCGUGAAGUUCUACCAGGCCCGCCAUGCGCUGCUCAGGAGCACGCGCUAG